CGAAAUGAAUCAGAUUUAUUGAAACUCACAAGUGAAUUAAACUAAAAAUGAAGUAUCUUCUACUCGUAUUCAUCGCAGGACUCGCCGUGGUCGAGCCUCAUUUCUACAUGAGAGAACCACUUUCCAGAACUUCGAUUCAAACCCGUUUGGAUCGUUUCCCACAAGCCCAACAACCAUUUUGGUGGGAUCAUACUGGAGUAUGGUGCGGAAACGCUCAACAAAACCUUCAAUAUUCCACUUGCGGACGUUGCGGUGAUGCUCAAGGAAACUCACAUGCAGCUCAAGGUGGAAGAUACGACAAAGGCAUCAUCACUGCAACAUACAAUGCUGGACAAAUUAUCAACGCCGUUGUGCAGAUGCACGCCAACCAUCGUGGUCACAUUGAAUUCGAGCUCUGCCCACAAGUAACUGAAACAAACGCCUGUUUCACCCACCGAUUGGCUGUUGCCGGUGCAGACAGAGGAGUCCGAGGAGGAAAUACUGCUUGCACAGGAAACGAUCAACAAAACGGAGCAUUCAACGUUCGUAUCCAACUACCAGCUAAUGUUAGAUGUACCAGAUGUACACUUCGUGCCACCUACAGAACAUCAUACCCACCAGCUCCUGAUGCGUGCUUCAAUCCAAAUCCUGCUCAAACCUUCAGAAACUGCGUUGAUAUCAGAAUCAACUAAAGUUAACGACCUUGUGCCACUACUAAAUAAUAAAGAAAUUGCAAAAGAA